AUGGCUAUAUAUAUCGGUACUCCUCUAGCUUUAGUUCCUGUUUUAGUUUUAAUUGAAGCUUUAUCAUAUGCUUCUCGUGCUAUUUCUUUAGGUCUUCGUUUAGGUGCUAAUAUACUUUCUGGUCACUUACUUAUGUUAAUUCUUGGUUCUUUAAUUAUUAGUUUAAUGUCUUCUUCUUUAUUAGGUUUUGUUAGUGGUAUUAUCCCUAUUUUAGCUGUUGUUGCUAUUACUAUACUUGAAUUUGGUAUUGCUAUUAUCCAAGCUUACGUAUUUAGUAUAUUAUUAUCUGGUUAUAUUAAAGAUUCUGUUGAAUUACACUAA